UAAAUAUUGUAUAAUGUGACAAAGGUUUCCGCCAUUAAAAGAAAUAGUUCCCUGAGAGCGUUCCGUGUGAUGGUGUCUUGUUAAUUUUUCGGUUGAAGUGGAUAUUUAUUUCAUUUGAAGUUUUGCUAUAAGACACCUUUUACAAUGAUCAUGCGGUGGUUAGUAACAUUAGCAGUGUGUAUUGCCACUCUAUCAACACUGGGAUAUUGCCAGAUCGAUAAUUGUUUGGACGGCAAAGCAGACAUAGUGAUAGCUCUAGAUGGAACCAGACUAAAUACACCUACGGAACAUACACAAUUUGUUUUCAUGAAAGAGUAUAUCAAGAAAAUUUUGAACAAAAUAACACUGAAUUUUAUCAACGGUACAAUGGUUUCUCUUUUUACAUACGGAACAACAUCAACGGAGAUUGCCGAUUUCAGUGCUGAUAAGAACAGUAUACUUACUAAGUUGCAAGCCUUAACAUAUCCGAGACUACCAACUCGAUAUACCAAUUUGGCACUAGACCACAUCACUGAGAAAUUUAAGAAAUUCAAUCGCCGCGGUGUACCAAGAAUAGCUAUUAUAUUUGUUAACGGAAACACAAAUGGAGAUUUCUCUACGUUAAAAUUAGCCGCUAAAAGGGCAGCAAUAAGCGAGAACAUUCAAAUAAUAGCUGUUUCUGCAAAUUCCACGUUUGCUGUUCGGGAUCUUGAUACCAUCACAAGCUAUGUACCAGGAAGAAUUAUUUCUGCAGUUUAUAGAGAUGACGAACCUGAUAUGGCCGCUGUGUGCCAAUAUAUGAUAGGAGGAACUGUCUUGCCGCGAAACUGUACCGGGAAAGCUCACGUUAUUCUCGGCAUUGACCUAUCAACAAAAUCCCGGUUCGACAUGGCUUUAAAUCUUGGUAUUGCACUGUUCAGUAACGUACGACAAGUUAGAAGAACAUUGUUGUUAAACGAUGCUAAUAACUAUGAGUACACAUUUGCCCCUGGUGUAAAUUCUAUAUCAGAGUUCGGUAAAAUUCAAAGCGAGGCAGCCAGUCGUUUAAAUUCAGGUUCAUAUGAUGCAAGGGGUAUGGUGGACAACUUUGUAAGCGCCUUUAAUAAAAGUCUACUGACAACCAUGCACAUGGCUAGAGUCGCUAUUCUUAUAUCAGACCAGGAUUCUGGUUCUGCCACACAAAUGAGACAAGCAGUAGAUAUGCUUCGGAACCAAAACAUUAAGCUGAUAAUCAUAGCAGUACAAGCAGAAUUAAAGCCAAGUUUGCAGACUCUUUUAGUACUAACAGAGGAAAACUUACAAAACCAGAUAGUCACUUCAGAUACGACCCUCUCUGUAAGCGGACUGAACCAAGUAAUGAACUCUGUAUGUUAUGCAAUUCAAAGAUGUCCAGGGGAGAUUGACGUCAUGAUUGCCAUGGAUACGUCAUACAGUAUAGCAUCUCAACCGGAAAAAGUGCAAUUGGUCAAGGCUUAUACCAAAAUUAUUGCCAACAGUUUUAUUCACAAUAGAGUCCAUGCAGCACAAAUAGCCAUCAUUGCGUUUGGUACAAGUGUUUUCCAUGUAUCGUUCUUUGGGGACAACCUCAUUGAUAUCAUUGAAAACAUCAACCUUGCUCAACCAAUUUCGAACGAUUAUAAAACUAAUACAGAUAUAGCCUUAGACUAUAUGAUCAAUAGGACGAACUCAAAGGGACGACCAGGAGUUCCGAAAGUAGCUAUUAUAGUUACAGACGGUAAAUCUACAAAUGGAUUACAAAAUCUACAAAACAGUGCUAUUAGGGCAGCAAUGAACAAUUUGAUAACUGUAGCCGUGGGCGUUGGGGACGGCUAUAUAAUGGAAGAGUUGAGCAAUUUAACCAAUGGAAUUCAAGAAAAUAUAAUUGAAUCUACUUUUGAAGAUCUGACAUCAAUCGCUGCUUCGAAAACAGUAGAUAGAUUGUGUUUAUUCGCCAUAGACGGCCAGGGAACGAGUCAAGUAUGUGAAGGUGCUGCUCACAUUACGAUAGCAGUAGAUGUCGGUGAUGCAAAAAACUUUGAUGAAGUAAAACUGUUUGCUGCUAAGCUUAUAGCAAAUCUUAAAGUACAAGAAAUGUUGGUAUCUAUUGUGAUUGGCAGUACAGGGGCAGAGUAUAAUUUUCCCGCCAAUACUGACAGCAAUACUAUUCGGAAUACUAUUUUGAGAUCUACAAAUUCUGACACAUUUAUCUACAACCACACUGGUACCAUAAAUCGUGCAGCAAAGACAUUUGCUGCAAAACCAAUCAUGCCUAGAAUUGUAUUGUUCAUUACUGAUGGAAAAUCGACUAAUCCUGCUUCGUCUAUAGCUGCUGCUAGAAUUGCUGCAACAAAUGACAUUCAGUUUUUAGCACUUGGUCUAAUAAAAAAAGAUAUAUCGGCUGUGGAUAUGAACGAGAUAACCGGAAUAGCUGGUGGUAUAAUACAGAAUAGAUUCGUUAUAUCAGAGGAAGGUUUACAAAGUAGUGGUGUAAACCUAGUCAUUAUGUCUGUCUGUCAUGCUAUAAGUGAUUGGAGUGGAACAUCACUACUAAAAUUUAUGGGUCCUGCCGAAGUUUCACUAAUGAUGGACUCCUGCGAUAGAACCAUGCACAACUUCUACCGUGCCUUUGCUAAAGAUGUUCUUAGAUAUAUCAACGUCGAGGACAACAAGGUCAAAUUAAACGUAGCCUCGUUUUGCUCUAAAGUGGAACCAAUCAGCUCAUAUCAGGACAUGUAUUAUAUCCAUCCUAGUCUAAAAUAUGAAAAUAUAAUGGCGAACAAGCAAUGGACAGCAUCUCAAAUAAUUGGCGACUACAUUCUGCAUUUUAAUGAUAUCCGCUCAUCGAAUAAAAUUGGAAUUGUCUUAGUAAACGAUGCUACUAUUGAACCGAAUUUAGGACUGAUUGCACAGUAUGCGUACCAGCAAGGCAUUACUCUUUUUGCAAUUGGAAUCGAUUACGGACAGCAGAACCUUGAAAUGAAGUUGGCACAAAUAAGUCCUAACGGCUAUAUGAAAUUGCCUCUUAAUCAACUUAACGUUAUGGGGAUGAAUUUCCUUAUUACCAACUUUAUGGCAAUGGCCAAUGCUAGUGACCGAUACGUUGCCAUGGGACUUGUUGGUUUCAAUCCGACGAUAGACUUAGGCAACCAGUCCAUUCGAUAUAAUCAUUUGGUAACCAGUCUUCAGGGCCAGACCAGGAUGUUAACUGGAAAUAUCAGGAAUGAAAUGGAUAGUCGGAUAUCAAAUGCAGUUUACACCGGAAAUGGAUUGGCCAUUCAUGACGCUAUUGCAAAUUUUAGACGGAUUUUCAAAAAUAAAUCUGGAAAGAAGUAUGCAUUUAUUGUUACAAACAAAGGUGCAGAAAAUAUCGAACUUGUAAACAGAGAACGAGAGCUUGCCAAAAAAGAAAAUAUCACCAUAUAUGUUAUAGGAUUUAAACCGGAUGUGACAUUAGAUCAACUGGUUGCGAUAGCGGGAUCUAGUGAUUUGGUUUCGUACUAUGAGAGCAGUAAUAGACUCAUCCAAAUGUCUUCAAGAUUUGUACAGCUGGUAUCGGAAUUUGGUAUGGACGCAAAACUAGCUUUUGCCAUUGCUGGUACAGGAAUGUCGGCCAAUGCAUUCAGUCAUAUGAGAAACGUCGUUGUCACAGCAGCCAACUUGUAUAAACAGCUGUCGCAGCUUGGUAACAAAAAUAUAGAACUUGCAGCUGGCCUUAUCGGGUAUAACGGAUUUUACUUGGUCCAACCGCUUACUGCUGUAAGUAAUAUCAAUCUGGUUCAACUGGAAAACAGCCUUGCUCAAUUGGCAAAUGAACCUCUAGCCCAGUCCAUGAUGAAUAUGUACUUUACAUUGUCUCAACAGAAAGUAGCAGGAAGACCACAAUACGCAGUGGUGUUCUAUUCCGGAGGUCUAGGCAGCAAUAAAAAUAUGGUGUUGAAAAUUGCACAGAUGAUGAGGGACAAUGGUAUAACAGUGAUUCCAUAUAAUGUGGACGGGAUCAGUACUGAUGUCGAAAAUUCUGCUGAGUAUAAAGAUGCAGUUCUCAUGGCUGGUGGUAACGCAAACAACGUUAUGUGGCUGUCCAGAAAUUAUAUCAGAAAUAACCAAACAAAAAACCCAAUUGAACUGAGCGGAUAUCUGAAAAACAAUAUCAUGAACGUUGGUAAUUACGGUUGUAAUGUUGAUGUCUCCAUGGGUCAAAUGGGAGAUCUAGAUCCAAGUGCAUUGAAAGAAGUUCGUAAAAUUAUAGCAGCUUUCAUUGGAACGUCAGAACAAGAUUGUAGAGGUCGAAUGAAAAUGGGUGUGUUCGAAUUCGACCAGACGACGUAUGCUCCGUUGAUACAUUUUGGUCUACAUAGUGAUUAUGCCAGUCUACAGAAUGCUUUCCAGACACAAAGUGACAUUCGAACCGCUUACCCAAGGGGAUCAGCUGCUAUACAGUAUAUAAUUAAUUCACUUUCUCAAAAUCAACAAUCAGAUAUGGUUAAAGCUGGCGUUCUCCUAGUUGAUGAUGAAGUAUAUUCAAAAUACGAGACGUUGAUAAAAGCUUACAACGCAUAUGCGAGAGGGAUGCAUGUAAUUGUUAUGAGCGUAUCACAGGCAGGGUCAUUGCUUUCACAACAAGACAAGGUCAACAUGGCUAAUGGUGUGGCAGCCAAUACGUUUACAGUUAACAAUAUAGCAAGCUUAAAUACAGAUGGCAAGGCGUAUCUAAUUAACAUACUGGGUCAAUUAAAUACAUUUAAUCCAGUUUUGACAACAACUGCUGCCACGACAACUUCCUUGGCAACAACAACCAAAACAACAACAACGACAACGACGACACAAGCUCCAACAACUACAACCAUCAAAACAACAACACGCGACUAUAACACAGGUUUAACAGAAUGCCUUGGUCCUGCUGAUAUUGCAAUUGCUCUAGAUUCCUCAGACAGUCUACAAAUACCAGACUUCCAAAACUCGAAGGAUUUUGUUAAUACAUUAGUUUUCAACAUGCGUAUAGGAGUCAAUAACAUUCGACUGCGAUCUGUGUUUACGUUCAGCACAACCAUAAAAGAUAUAGUUGAUGAUGUGUACGACAAAAAUAUUAUAAGAGCAUUAUUGCAAGCAGCUACUAUGCUGAAAAUAGGUACCAAUACACAUUUAGCUAUUCAAGAAAUCAGAUUGAGAUUACAAAGGGCUCCACAAAUACCUACCAAUCCACAAUUCGGUAUUAUAAUCACUGAUGGUAAAUCGGCCUAUCCCGCUCUAACGAAAGCUGAGGCUGAUUUGGCAUAUAACCAAGGCAUCACUAUGUUCGUUGUUGGAAUUGUCAGUCCCAAAUAUUCGAUUAGCGAACGGCAGACGAUGAUAGACGAAUUAUAUAGAAUAGCGGCUAAUAUUAUAUCCAAUGUUAUCGUUGUACAAGACUUCGAUGAAAUGCUGACUGCUCUGCCAAUAUUGAAUACUUUAAUUUGUAAUCUUGCCACGACGACCACAACUUCUACCACUGUCACCGUUCCUACAACUACACCACAGUUUGCUAACGAAUGUAUCACCAGAUGUGACCCAACUGCAAUUCGGUGCUACGUUCCCCAUCCAACAAACUGCAAGUAUUAUUUGGACUGUGUCAGAGAGGCAGGCGCUACCCAGUUUGUGCAGUACAGUAUUCAAGAAUGUGGGCUACAUUACUUUUUCAAUCCAGACACUUCCAAAUGUGAUCAUCUUGACGAAUUCAUUUGUAAACAAGAUCCUUGUGUAAUAAACAAAUGGACAAAUGGUACCACGUAUCCAGUACCUAACAGUUGUAAUUUGUAUUAUAAGUGCCAACACACUAAAGACGGAAUGAUGAUUCACACUAGUCAAGCUUGUCAGUGUGAAAAUAAGUUGAAGUACGACACCACCAUCAGCGGAACUGACGAUCAUGAUCACUGUAUCAAAGAUACCACUAAUGCAUGUAGUAUCGUGGACAACAGUAGGACUACUCCUAAACUAGAAAGAUGUAAAAGGUUUAAGAUUGGGGAUACUAAAUAUAUUGAGGACGGUGAAGAAAAAGAAUGUGUAACAGGGAAAAUAUUUAAAUCGGAGAGGUGCAGCUGUGUUUGGGGAGAACUCCCAACAACUCCUACAGUCACAACAACAGUUAAGCCAACAAGUAGUGGAGAAUGUAUUCCAAGCAUCCAUCUAGAUUUCUCAACAAUAUUAAGCACUAACCCACAACUUCAAGGACAAGACAACGUCCAAGUGGCUAACGGUAAAGGCUACUUUGGUGGACUCUCAUUUAUUGCCAAUCCACAACUAAACAACAAUAUAAUGCCAAUAUUUAUUGCCAAACUUAAACUUAAAAUGGAUACAUCAUUUAGUUUUGGAAGCAACUCUUUAUUGAAGAGUUGUUCAGGAAAUCCAAUGGCAUCUAUUCAAAUGUACGCAGAAAGAAAUACCGGUAACACAAAGAAUAAGCUUAUUACAAAAGUGAUGAUAAGUGACUUCAGGCCAAUAACUGUCUCUAAUGAUAAAUAUGAUAUUUAUGACAACAAAGAAGUUACUAUAACAUUAGGUUUCAACAGAGAAAUGGUGGCGGUUGAAGUGGCAUUAAGUGCAGUAGAAACGGAUCUUCAACAAGUAGCUUUCAGUAAUGCUCCAAAAGAUUUCCUUGCAUGUAAUGGAGCACUAAAUGUUGGACAACCCUUCGGUGGAAAUGGACCAUUUGUAGGCGAUAUUUAUGACUGGAAAGUCUGGAACGGAUGCGACAACGUUCCAACCAGUAUGGAGUACUUAUUCAAUUAAAAGUGUGCUAACCAAGCAUUUUAUCAACAAUAUACA